UUGGAUUUGACAAUUACUGAAACAUGGCGUUUGGCACAAUGACGUCUUUGCUUGGCAUGAUCCCGCUACUGGCGAUCGGCAUGAACUUCUAUCGCUAUCAAAGCAUCGAUCCCGAGAACAAAGUCCAGGAGCCAUCAAUCAUCCGUCGCCAAUAUGAUUUCGUCGUGAUUGGCGGAGGCUCAGCUGGCGCUGUGGUGGCCAAUCGCUUGAGCGAGGUGCGCAAUUGGACGGUGCUGUUGCUGGAGGCGGGCGGCGAUGAGACGGAGAUCUCGGAUGUGCCCGCGCUGGCGGGCUAUCUGCAGCUGACCGAGCUGGACUGGAAGUACCAGACGACGCCCUCGUCGACGCGCCAAUACUGCCAGGCCAUGAAGGGCGAUCGCUGCUUCUGGCCACGCGGCAAGGUGCUCGGCGGCAGCUCGGUGCUGAAUGCCAUGGUCUAUGUGCGCGGCUCGAGGAACGACUACGACCACUGGGCUUCGCUGGGCAAUCCCGGCUGGGACUACAAUACCAUGCUCAAGUACUUUUUGAAAUCGGAGGACGUGCGUAAUCCAUAUUUGGCGGCCACGCCCUACCACGAGACCGGCGGCUAUUUGACGGUGCAGGAGGCGCCCUGGCGCACCCCGCUCUCCAUUGCCUUCCUGCAGGCGGGCAUUGAGAUGGGCUACGAGAAUCGGGACAUAAAUGGCGCCAAGCAGACGGGAUUCAUGCUCACCCAGAGCACCAUACGGCGCGGUGCACGCUGCAGCACCGGCAAGGCCUUCAUUCGCCCCGUGCGGCUCCGUAAGAAUCUGGACGUGCUGCUCCAUGCGGAGGCCACGCGCCUGCUGAUCGACAAGGACAAGCGCACCAUCGGCGUGGAGUACAUUAAAGGGGGACGCAAGCAGCUGGUGUUUGUCAGACGCGAGGUCAUUCUCAGUGCCGGAGCACUCAACUCGCCAAAGCUGUUGAUGCUGAGCGGAAUCGGUCCAGCUGAGCAUCUGCAGGAGCAUAAUAUUCCCGUUAUAUCGGAUCUACCGGUGGGCAACAACAUGCAGGAUCACGUGGGCCUGGGCGGGCUCACGUUUGUGGUGGAUGCACCGCUGACCGUGACACGGAAUCGCUUCCAGACGAUACCCGUCUCCAUGGAGUACAUACUGAGGGAGCGCGGUCCGAUGACCUUUUCGGGCGUCGAGGGCGUCGCCUUCUUGAACACCAAAUACCAGGAUCCGUCAGUCGACUGGCCAGACGUACAGUUUCACUUUCUGCCCAGCUCCAUUAACUCUGAUGGCGGCGAGCAGAUACGCAAGAUACUGAAUCUAAGGGAUGGCUUCUACAACACCGUCUACAAGCCGCUUCAGCACAGCGAGACCUGGUCCAUACUGCCGCUCCUGCUGCGGCCCAAGAGCAGCGGCUGGGUGCGCUUGAACUCGCGCAAUCCGCAGCAGCCGCCCAAGCUGAUACCCAACUACUUUGCACACCAGCAGGACAUCAAUGUGCUGGUCGAGGGCAUCAAGCUGGCCAUCAAUGUGUCCAAUACGCAGGCCUUCCAGCGAUUCGGCUCGCGGCUGCAUAACAUACCGUUGCCCGGCUGCCGCCACCUGAAGUUCCAAUCGGACGCGUAUUGGGCCUGCUGCAUCAAGCAGUUCACAUUCACCAUUUACCAUCCGUCGGGCACUUGUCGCAUGGGUCCCAGCUGGGAUGCGACUGCCGUUGUGGAUCCCCGCCUGCGCGUCUAUGGCGUCUCGGGGCUGCGUGUUGUCGAUGCCAGCAUCAUGCCGACCAUUGUCAAUGGCAAUCCGAAUGCGCCGGUCAUUGCGAUCGGCGAGAAGGCAUCGGACAUGAUCAAAGAGGAUUGGGGCGCACGCCGUGCACCAGCCGCCGGCUAGCAGCACUCGAUGUCUACUAUUAAUUUAAUCAACUAGUCA